AUGAAGUUCUCCACAGUUCUUUCCGUGGCACUUCCAGUGCUUGGUGUUGCAGCUGGGUCUGUAGAACAAGCAACCAGCGACUUAUUUGAGCUUCCCAACAUAGAAGACACUUUACAAAGCUACAUAGAUGGAUUCCUUGAGGGAACGCAGGAUAUGCUCAGCAAGAGAGCAGACGAGAAUGCAACUGUAGACACAAUUGCAAAUAUCUUGGUUGAAGUCAACAAGUCCGGAGUCAUUUUUCAAGUUCUUGACGAGAUCGCCAACUCUCCUCAGCAGAUUGAUAAUCUAGCUAAUAUCAUUCUCAACUUGACUUCUUCGGUCUCGAAUUUGGACUCAUUGGGGCUUCUGUUUACAGGUAUUGAUCUCUCUGGUUUGAACAUCACCGAAAUCAUUGAUCAGUUGUUGGAUUCUGGUCUCGUGUGGCAGACCUUAGACGAAAUCUUCAAACAAGAAUUCUGGAGAAAUAGAAUCGCGGCCAGUGUAGGAAACCUUCUUGGAUCUCCUGAUAACGUUUACAUCCCCAAAAUCUUGGUUGACUUGGGUGCGGGUCAGAAGUUGACAGUCGAAUACUUGGCGAAAGUUGUAAACACCAAAAGCAAGGCUUCCAAUGCCAACUCCAACAGCAAAUAUGUUGUGUUUGGAGAGAGAGACGAAGGUGGUCAGUACGCUGGCUCUCUCAACACCUUCGUAAGUAAUGUAGUAAACCAAAUUAUUGGUUCACUGGCUCUCGGACUGGGUUUGGACGUGAUUUUUGCUGCAUUGAAGAAAGCAGAUAUUGUCACUCCAAUCGUUGUGAACUUCUUGGAAGACAAGGCUGUGGGCCAAAUGGUAUACACUCUUGUCGGAGACUUGUACCGUGGAGGACUCUUCGACAACCUUGACUUAGACUACUAUUACUCUAAAUUGAAAAAAGAUGGAACCUUAUCUAUGCUCAUUCAGGUUGCCCUAACAGACGAGACUUACUCUCCUGGUCUCGCUUUGAUUCUUAAGCAGAUGGAAGACCUGGGAGUUUUCGCGCAGAUUAGAGCGAACCUCUACGGAGGAAAGUAG